AGUCAACGUCUCACCUUCACAGCGAUCAGACGCGCCAAAGAAACUUUCCACCAGCUGCGGUUGGAUUUUUUAUUGUUGUUGUUGUGUGAAAUUAAUUUUCUGAACAGAUUUUUUUCCAUUCUGAACCACAAAUUUCAAGCAAAAGUGUUUUUAAGCUCUAUAAGUAUCAUUCUUAAGGCAAAAUUGCUCCGAAACGUACGAUCGUGAUCGUGUGGAUUUAUCCGCGUUGAUUCAUCUUCUUUUGAUCACCCAUAAGUAGAGAAAGUCACACACCAAAACGACCAAUUUUAGUGGUCAGUGUGAAGGAAUUAAAGAAGUUUAAAAAAAAAUAAAGUGUCUGUGUGGUACAACAUCAAAUGGAUCACAAAGCUCCGCAAGAUUGUUAACAGUGCGCGAUCGAAUUAGGAUAAAAAUUGAUCAUCAGCCUCAUCAGUGUCUUUCAUGAAAUUGUUUGCGGGAGAAUUUCAAAAUGCCAACACUUUGGUCCACUCUCGUGGCUCUCAUUCUGGUCCCCCUGUGUCUGGCCACACCGCUGCCCGUGCCAAUUGAGUACCCACUCACCUACAAUCACCUGUCGCUUGCAACACCACGAGAGAUCAAUGACUUGACCGCUGAGACAAUGCAGAAGGCGCAAAAGGAUGUCGUCACGACAAUUUCAGAAGUUCAGAGGCUCCUUGCUGCAGAUCCCUCCCUGCCACGACUCACAAGGGGUGAAAUUGCGGAUUUAUUCGAAACCGUGACGAAGGAAGAAUACGUGAAGAGUGUCCAUGCUGGGGAUAUGAAUCGUGCAAAGCACAUGAGAGCCCUUAUGCUGGUACUGCCCUACAAUACAAAGAACAUCCCCUCAGACAAUCUCGAGGAGCUCUACACUCGACCCCCAGUUACAAAAGUCGUCCCCUCUGAGAUUAAACCCACCACGAUGAUACAGAAGAAACCAGCUCAUCGACCGGAACUUGUGGCCAAGAUUGAUGAUUACGUUGCAACAACGUAUCAUCCCAAAACACAGAAACGAAAGACACACCAACCUGAUGUCUACGUGACGACAUUCCACCCAAAGACUGCCCCAGCAUUCACGGCUGAACCCACGGUACCCACAAAGGCACUCACCGUGGAGCAAAAGUCAAAAUAUAGCAGCCACUACAGUGCCGAAGUUGCCAAUUUUGAGGAGAAAUCGAAACCGCCAAUGAGAGAAAAUGUUGUGGAUUUACUAGCGGCCAUCGGACUCACUCCAGAUACCGCACCAACAACCACAACGACAACAACACCCACACCCACCACGACAAAAAAACCCGAACUCACGCCGGAGCUUGAGGAAUUGCUGAAAUCUUUUGGAUUCCUGCAAGAUAAUGAGCCAAAGGAUGAGCCACAAAUUGCCCAAGAAGAAACACGAUCGGCAAAUUAUGCAACGACUGCAUUUAAACCCCUUCCGGAAUCUCUGGCUAAGCAGGAUUACAAGAAAAUCCUCUCAGCCCCAAUUCAACCAGAUGACUUUGUGGCAUUCAAACCCAUCCCAAAGGAUACCUUCAAGGCUCUCGAUGAUGACAAUAGGAGCUUCUUUAGAGCCCUUGGGCUCAUUGCUGAAGUUGAGGAAGAAGUUACAACAGUCAGGCCAACGAGUAAAAUGCCCAGGAUGAUAAAUAUGCCCGAAAUUGAUCCAGACCUCCCACUACCGAAUAAUAUGCUCCAAGCUCUGGAUAAAGUAGGAAUUGUCAGGAAGGGAACAACAGCGCCGCAGAAAGUGGAGGAAACUACGACGAAUAUUCCUCCAUCCUCAUCCACUACAGAGAGCUCAACCACGGCAAAGGCAACAUCAGCUAGAUCAACAUCAGUACGAUCAACGUCGGUGCGAUCAACAUCAGCACGAACAACAGCAGCAAGAUCAACCACAGAAAAAACAACCACCACAGUAUCUUCAUCUACCUCAAAAUCAAGUACAACAACGACUGUUACACCGAGAAAUCAUCGGCCAGUCCGGGUAUCAUCCCGUGCUAGGGUCUUCUCCCUGCCCGAGAAAGAUAUGCAAGUCCCAAAGAAAAUUACAAUUCCAACGAGAGAUCCCAAACAGAAGCCAAUUGAGGUGACACAGGAAGAUCUCGAUCAUCUCCACUAUCUCCUCGAAACAAUUCAGAAUCUUGAUAAACUCAAUGCCUCAAUUGAGGGUAGCACCCCAUCUUCCAAGUCAAAGUACAAUGUCAAGUCCCUCCUUGGCAUUGGUCCUGAUCCUGUGUCUCAUGUUGAAUUGGAACUGGCAAAGAAUGAAGUGAAGCGUCAGAAGGAGCAAAAGCGACAGGCUGAUGAUGCAAUCACCACAAGCCCUGAGCCUGUGAGGUUCUCUCUCAAUCUCACAGAUUCCUCAUCAUCCAUUGGAGAUUCCACUGCGACCCUUGGGGACUCAACGGCAACUAUUGCAGACACUGCUGCAGAUGCACAAUCAGAUGCCGAAGUCAAGCUCCCUGAUCUCACAAGUUUAACAGACACGUCGUCGUCAACAACAACAUCCACAACUUCCACGCCAUCGCUCCUUCUUGCAGAAUCCUUUCCAGGACUUGAUCCUGUAACAGAGAGACCCCUGCCACCACCACGAAGAACGGGAUUCUACUUCCUUGCCGAUUGGAAUUCCUUCCUCGAGGUGGGAGAUGGCAAGGAAAAGGUGGAAGUGAGAUUCCAACCACAAGUUGGUGAUCCAAGUCGCUUCCUUCCAGUCACUGUGCCGUAAAUCCUCAUUUUUAUAUUCGAAUUUUCUUAGCAAUAAAAUCUCCGAAAAAUUAUGGGACUUUGGUGCUUGAACUCUUAUUCUCUGGGGAAAUGAGCUUUUCUUUGAUUUGAAUCCCCUCCCUUCAAUCUCCAUAUCCGAAAUUUUAUUUAAAAAUCCUCCUGUAUAGCUUAUUUUUAUAAAAAAGAAGAAAAA